AUGAUAAUGAGAGGGGAAUUGGCGAACUACCUCACAACAAAGGAGUACGUGAAGCCCCGGGAGGUCAAUCAUCGGAAAGUCGAAGGUAAUCAAGUGAAGGUCAUCAAUGCAAUACAUGGAGAUCGGAGGAUGAUCAAGAGUCAGAGGAGAAGUGUCAAUAUUGGGUUCGGCAAUGGAGAUCUAUCCUCAGUUCAACUCCCCCAUGAGGAUUCGUUGGUCAUCAGUCUCUUGGUGGAAAAUUGCAUGAUUAAGAGGGUUUUGAUAGAUCUAGGUAGUCGUGCCAAUAUCAUCACAAAGGCGGUCUUUGAGCAGCUGAAGAUUCCGUCAUCAUCAAUUCGGCCCACAUCCAGCCCCUUGAUGGGGUUUGAUAGCACAAAGGUGGAACCUCUUCAAGUAAUUAACCUGUUCAUGACUGCGGCAAAGAGGACACUGAAGGAGAACUUUAUUCUAAUGGAGAUCCAUCCUUCUUAUAAUCUUAUUAUGGGAAGAGGCUGGAUCCACCGAAUGAACGGGGUUCCAUCUACCCUUCAUCAAGUGAUGAGAUGCUUGUCACUGGACGGAAAAGAGGUUAUUGAUCUUAGGGGAGAUCAAUUCACUGCCAAAGAAUACUAUAUGUUGGCACAGAAUGAAGCAAAGAAGGAUGAUGAGAAAACUGAUUUCAUAACAAAGAAAGGCAUCAACUGUUAUAGAGUUAUGCCUUUGGACUCAAGAAUGCUGGGGCAACUUACCAGCGCCUUGUUAACAAGAUCUUCGACGAGAAAGACGGUCGAGGCCUAUAUCGACAACAUAGUGGUCAAAAGUGUAAAGAAGGAGGAACAUCCUAAGCACCUCCAAGAGGUCUUUGACACUUUAAGAAGGUAUGGUAUGAAGUUAAACCCUUCGAAUUGCUCCUUUGCGGUUUUUUCAAGACAGUUCCUCGGCCAUAUUGUAAACAAAAGGGGAAUUGAGGUGAGUCCGGCUCAGGCUCAAGCCCUUAUACAAAAGCAAGAACUGAAAACCCACAGGGAAAUACAGCAAGCUGCUCUCAACCAACUGAAGUGUUAUAUGGCUGAACCCCUAAUUCUGUCGGCUCCAAAACCUGGUGAAACUCCUAUCAUGUACUUAGCAAUCUCCAGCAUAGCCACAAGUGCAGUAUUGAUUAGAAAGAAGGUGUCACACAAAGGACAUGCACUGACUGAUUUCCUCUUGGAGCAUGAGGAUAAGCCUGAAGAGCCAGGUCCUUCCGAGCCACAAUGGGAGCUUCAGGUGGAUGGUUCCUCGAACCUGAUUAGAGUCGGGGCCGGAAAUGUUAUCAUAACCCCUGAAGGCACCAAGCUGCAACAAUCAAUUCGUCUGACUUUUCCUGCCACUAACAAUGAGGCAAAAUAUGAGGCCUUGCUCACAGGAUUUCAGUUAGCAAACCAGCUCCAAGUAAGGUGUUUAAAAGUUUUUAGUGAUUCUCAACUUGUUGUGAAUCAGGUAAUAGGCCAGUAUCAGACCAAAGAAGAUAGAAUGAAAGCCUACAGGGAGGCUAUGGAGAGUGCCUCGCGAGGGUUUGAUCAAAUCGAAUUCCAUCAGGUACUUCGUGAAGAGAAUUCUGAAGUAGAUCAGUUGGCUGCAGCAACGUCUUCUUCAGAUGAAGAUUUGGUCUAG